UCAGUCUAGCGGCAUCUACGCAGGGGGUUAGGUUGGCCUAACUGCAUCACACGGGGUGGAAACUUUUUCACAGUCCUGAGUGACGCAGCUCAGUUGAUCUAAUUUUUAUGUGUAGACUUGGCCUUCUACACAAUAUCUUGAACAGCUCUGGAACCUGCAGGGUAAAAAAACCCACUAACCAGGUUACAAAGGGAGACUCUCUUGCUGCCCUAAGCAAUCUCCUGCCACCAACUGCUGCACAGUGUUCAUGAGCGGUUCAACGGCUGCAGGGUUCCGCCCCAGAAGUGGCUGCAUCUGUGAUGUGAGAAGUGGUCCCUGUAUGGAUAGUUGGGGAAAUCUUUCGGGAUGGAAGGAGCUAGCGUGUACAGGAUGGGGUUUCCAAGGAGCCCACAGGGAGUUCGGCACCUAAAUUCCCUUGGGAGCUGUAGAAUGGAUAACGUCCCCAUCUGUGUCCCCUGCUCUGCGCUGUGGGUUCAGGGGAGCAGAGGGAAGGGCCAAACCAAGCACCCAGCUCACCAGCCAGGGAAGGGCUGUAUGGAUCCGUGCAGCCUCCAUAAAUGCCUCCUCCGCGACUUUUCUGCAGCCAGUUGAUCUUGGUGAGCUGUCAGAUGCUGGCCACAGCGGAGGGGGCUGGGGGAGGAUGACCAGUGGGGGUCAGGGAUUGCUCCCCCUCCUCCCGCAAGUAUAUGCCCCUAACACCAUGUGAUUCCUCUCUCCUCCCUUCCAAGCCUCGCCGGGGCUCUCCCUCCCCUGCAGCGGCGGCGCCCCCCACGCCGGAGGAAGGAGGAUAAAACCCAGCGCUGGAGCUGCAGAGAGCUCACACACGCCUCCCCUUUCCAGUGGCCGAUCCGCUCCCAGCCCACCCCGGCCCUGCGCAUCCUUCUCCCCUGCGCGCCCCUUUGCAGCGCCUGGGAGCUGAACGGCGCCCGGAGACUCAGAUCACAAGGCGGGGGGGGAGAGACUCUGGGGGUCGCCUGCUGCAGUCCAAAGCUGUUCCUUACUGCCGUCUCGAACCCUGAUGCUUUUUGGAAUGAGCGCGUGCGGCAGGAAGGCUCUGACUCUGCUCAGCAGCGUGUUUGCUGUGUGCGGCUUGGGGCUCUUAGGAAUUGCUGUUAGCACUGACUACUGGCUUUACCUGGAGGAAGGAAUCAUCCUGCCCCACAAUCAGACCACCGAAAUCAAAAUGUCGCUGCACUCUGGUCUCUGGAGGGUCUGCUUCUUGGCAGGUGAGGAGCGUGGCCGGUGUUUUACUAUAGAAUACGUCAUGCCCAUGAACGUCCAGCUGACGUCUGAAUCGACAAUCAAUGUUCUAAAGAUGAUUCGUUCUGCUACGCCUUUCCCUUUGGUCAGCCUCUUUUUCAUGUUCAUCGGGUUUAUACUGAGCAAUAUUGGACACAUUCGGCCUCACAGAACCAUCCUGGCCUUUGUAUCAGGAAUCUUCUUCAUUCUGUCUGGUUUAUCUCUGGUUGUGGGGCUGGUGCUGUACAUAUCCAGCAUUAACGACGAGAUGCUGAACCAGACCAAGGACUCAGAGACUUACUUCAGUUAUAAAUAUGGAUGGUCAUUUGCUUUCUCUGCUAUCUCUUUCCUUCUCACAGAGAGUGCUGGUGUGAUGUCCGUCUACCUGUUCAUGAAACGAUACACGGCCGAGGAGAUCUACAGGCCCCACCCCGGCUUCUACCACCCCCGUCUUAGCAACUGCUCUGAUUACUCAGGGCAAUUCUUGCACCCCGAUGCCUGGGUGCGCGGACGCAGCCCCUCCGAUAUUUCCAGUGAUGCAUCUCUCCAGAUGAACAGUAACUACCCUGCCCUGCUCAAAUGUCCUGAUUAUGAUCAAAUGUCCUCCUCCCCAUGUUGAAUGGCAAUUAACCCCAUUGCCUACUUGGGAUUAAGAGCAAGCAGCUGCUGUGUCCUGACUCAGUUUGUCAUUUUUAGGCCACUUUUUCAGGACAAUCCUCUAUUUAUAUGAUCAUAAAUGGUGUUAAUCAUUGCCUAGAGAGUGUGGUAGUUUUUUGGGUUUUUUUAAAUGAUACUUACCCUACAUAUCUGAAAUACAAGUCCUGAUCCCCCAGCCGUUCCACACACCCAACAAGUAGUAGCUUUGGAUGUGGAAUAGAUCCAGGAUUGGGCUUAGAGAGGGUUUGAUAUCAAAGAACCACCAGUAGCAAAAAUGCAUUUCAUGGUAGGUGGCACAAGCUUGUGUGUUUGUAUCAUUUUGCUGUAGAUUUAUUGGCAUGAACGAUACAUGUACAUUUCUAAGUAAUGGUAUUAAUUACAAAAGUAUAAAUUGCAUCUUGAUUGGACAUUCACAAUGAUGGACCAUCAUUUCUGUGUAUCAUUUCUAAGUAGGCUAUAAUGAUCAAUAGCCAUCCCUCCCAACUAUACCUCAGGGGAUUUUCAGAGGUCUAUAAUUAAGUUAGGUUCCCACUGAGUUUCUGUAGGAGCCAAGACAUUCAUUUAGGGCGUUUGGCAAAUCAUGUCCAAAAACCAUUCAUGUUAGACCUCCCUCCAAUAUGACUUUGAAAACUUUUGACAUCAGAAAGGCAAAUUCUUGAAACAAACGGUCAGAUUUUCUGCUGGUAUAAACUGUCAUAGAUCCGUGGAAGUCAGUGGCGCUCUGCUGAUUUCCCCCAACUGAAGAUCUAGUGCAAAUUUUAUAUUUUACAGAAAAUAGUAUACAUUAUUUCAAGCUUGAUUAAUUUUGCAGCGUACCUUCAUUGGGGACCUCGUCAUUCAUGAAAAAGUCAAUGUUAUACACUUUGGUCUUGGAGGACUGAGAGCUACCAGGAGAUGAAUAUCAGUCCAUAUCUAAAUUUAGUUUGGGGAACCGAAGGUGAAAAUCUAUAGCGAGUACUGUUGUAAAAAACCACAAGAUUACUGAAAGAACAGUGUCAGAAUGUAUGGUUUCUACUCUUGUUGUUUUAAUGGCCUCAGAAAAUGUCAGCAUCAGAAAAUCCUGCAGGUGUUUUUUGUAUAUUAUAUUUUAAUUUAAAGUUUGAUUGUACUAAAUGUAAUGCACGUUCAACCUCAUUACAAUGUAUUUGUAAUGACCCUUGUACUAUUUUAUAAUUACCGUAUAUACUCGAUUAUAAGCUGGUUAGUUUAUAAGCCACCCCCCCCCAAGAUGGAUAAGUAAAAAUGGAAACAUUUUAUAACCCAUUCAUAAACCAACCCUAUAACUCAGGGGUCAGCAAAUUUUGGCUCCCGGGCCAUCAGGAUAAGCUCCUGGUGAGCCGAGAUGGUUGUUUACCUCAAGCGUCCGCAGGCACGGAGGUAAACCUAAGUAAACAAAGUGUCCCAGCGCACCAGCUGCUUACCCUGAUGGGCCGGGACAGCAACUGGUGGGGAAAUGUUUUUUGGGGGGAGAAGCUGGGAGUCAGGGGAGUAACCCCUGUGACCACCCCCCACAUGACCCCACCCCUAGCCCGGGACCCCCACACUCUCCCCAUCCCAUCCCUUCCCACCUUAUCUGGGGAGGGCCAGGGGAGCAUGUCUCUGACCUGGAUGGAGCUGCUCCAGUAGGCUGGGCAGUGCGGCCAGCAGCCUGCUCCGGUGGGCCAGACCGGGCGGCGCGACCACAGCAUGUUCCAGCGGGCCGGGCUGGGCUGGGGGGCACGGCUGCAGCGUGCUCCGGCAGGUAGGGCGGCACAGCCACAGCUUCCUCUGGGGGUGGGGUCGAGCGGCACGGCUGCAGCCUGCCAGUCCUGGAACUGAGGCUGUUUCAGAGGCUGGGGGGAGAGCAGCGUGGCCAGAAGGGAGAGACGCUGGCCCCGCCUCUUCCCUUCU